AUGACACGAUCUCGAUUGGUAGCAGCCGCGAGGACGGCCCGGCCGCUCUUUACCUCGCCCGCCCACCAGGGCCGGUCCCUCGCCGGGCUGACGGCAUCCUCCAACACGGCCCCGGCCCCGAGAACGGCGACCGCACCGGUACGCCAACCAGCACACUACCGUCUCUAUUCCUCCUCCUCCUCCUCCUCCGCCGAUUCCCGCAAGAACUGGAAGGAGAAGCUCGCCGCCUUCUCCAAGCAGGACAAGACGCCGCUGUACGACUUCCACAUCGCCCACGGCGGCAAGAUGGUCAUCUUCGGCGGCCAUCACAUGCCGGUGCAGUAUGCCGGCCUCUCCCUCACCGAAUCUCACCACUUCACCCGCACCCACGCCUCCCUCUUCGAUGUCAGUCACAUGGUGCAGCACCGCUUCACCGGCCCGCGCGCCGCUGCAUUCCUCGAGACUGUCACCCCUUCGAGCGUUGCCGAUAUGGACGUCAACACCAGCAAGCUCAGCACCUUCCUGUGGCCGGGCACGGGCGGCAUCGUCGACGACACCAUGAUCACGCGCCUCGGCGAGGAGGAGUUCGCCGUCGUUUCCAACGCGGGCACCCGGGAGAAGAUCUUCAAGUACCUCACCGAGCAGACGGCGGGGCUGCAGAACCCCGAGGGCAAGGAGUUCUGGUGGGAGGUCCUCGAGGGCUACGGGCUGAUUGCCCUGCAGGGCCCCCAGAGCGCCGAGAUUCUCCAGGAAGUCGUAGACCCGGCCGACAGCGUGGACUUGACGAGCCUGCACUUUGGCAACACUGCUUUCGCCCGGCUGAGGUAUCAGGUCGACGGCCAGUGGAGGUCGACAUCGGACAAGGCCAUGAUCAGCCGCGGAGGCUACACCGGCGAGGACGGCUUCGAGAUCUCGUUCAAGUCGACCAAUGGCGAGGCGGACCCGCUGGCGCGGACGCUGCUCCAGGUCGCCGGGCCCGAGAGGCUCCAGCUUGCGGGCCUCGGCGCGAGAGACAGUCUGCGCCUUGAGGCCGGUAUGUGCUUGUAUGGCCACGACAUUGAUGACACGACGACGCCGGUGGAGGGUAGCCUGUCGUGGAUCAUCCCCAAGGAGCGGAGGACCAAGGGCGGCUUUCACGGCGCCGAGGUCAUUAACAAGCAGAUCGUGCCCAAGAGCAAGGGCGGCACGGGCAUCGAGAGGCGGCGCGUGGGUUUUGUGGUGAGCGGCGCGCCCGCCCGCGAGGGCGCCGACAUCUUCACCAAGGACGGCGAGAAGGUCGGUGUCAUCACCAGUGGCUCGCCCAGCCCCACUUUGGGCAAGAACAUUGCCAUGGGCUACGUCAAGGAGGGUCUGCACAAGUCGGGCACCGAGUUGGACGUGGUGGUGAGAGGGAAAAAGAGGGCGGCGACGGUGGCCAAGAUGCCAUUUGUCCCCAGCAAGUACUUCAAGGGGCCGACUCCGGCGCCGGCGUGA